AUGACUCGUGAAUGCAAUUUCAAGAUUCACUGUAUCGAUAUUGAUACAAUGAGUUGUGUUGGUUCAUUUGGAUUUGAAGAUGAUCACAAUCACUCGACUGUUUCAAUUGUCAGCUCUUGCCAUGCUCUACUACUCAUUUCCAAACUUAUUGAUACUGAUGAUUUAUGUGAGGGCAUAUUAAAUCCGAUGACUAAUGAGUUUUUAGAACUUCCUGACCGUGAAUAUGAUGAGUCUAGUCCCUAUUAUGGAUUUGGUUUCAAUCCAAAGACAAAGCAAUACAAAUUGUUCAGAGUUACCGAAAGGGAUAGAUAUGAAUUCUAUAGUAUAAUGGAGAUCAUGAGGUUUGGUGAUAGGAGUGAAACCAAGGAAGAAUGGAGGCAUUUUAAAUGUCCACCAAUUAGCUUCGACGACCACGGUGCUUACUUGAAUGGAGUUAUCUAUUGGAUGGGAAAAGAAAAGGGAAAAGCGUAUGUGAUUUAUGCUCUUGACGUUGAAACCGAACAAAUGGAAUUAGUUGCUGAUUUAGAAGUUGGGCCUCACAACUUUAGGUAUAAUGGGUACAUAGCAACGUUAAAUAAGAGUGUUUAUGCAUAUGUUCCCAUCGUUGGACCCUGUUGUACUAAGAUUCAAAUUUGGACUAUGCAAGGAAAAGAAGGGUGGAUUAGAGAAUUUGUUAUGUAUGAUGAAGUAUCAAGGGGUUUGAGAAUGCCAAUGCAAAUGGUUAAAGUGUUGAAAGAUGGAGAGAGAUGGUUUUUUGUUGAAGGUAACAUUCUUUGCUGUGAUAAGACAGGGAUGAACAUCAAGAUAGAAUCAUUAUGGAAUAGUAAAAUUGAAACAAGAUUUGAUGGGUUAUGUCAAAUAGAAUCCUUGAAUUUUGGAUCUAUUCAAAAUAUAUUGGCAGGCUACCAAUGA